GUAUUUAUAGGUCCGUUUCAGUAACAUUUUAAAUUGUUACGGUCUUACUGUGUCGAGAUACACUUGAAGUAAAUUUGAAAACAAAAUGUUCAAACAAGUUUUGCUUGUAGCGCUAGCAGUUGCUAGCGUUUCUGCUAAUCUUGACUUCACUAGUUGUGGUGGUCAAUCUGAAGUUGUUGCAUUCAGACUUCGUGGAUGUGAUGUGCUUCCUUGUCGAUUUGUAAGAGGACAGGAAUAUUACGGUGAAAUGGAUGUAAUUGCAGCUGCUCCAACUCCUUCCUUACCGUUCGUGAUUCAAGCAAUUCUGGGAUUCCCUCUUCCACCCGUUACAAUUUUCUCAGGGGAUGCAUGUGAGGACCUCACUCGCGGAUAUUGUCCUACAGUAGUCGGUGAAGACAUUACAGCACGUUUGUACAUGGAUAUUCCAACUACUUUGCCAGCGAUUAGUACCAACGUCAGAGCUACAGUUAGAGACGCUUUGAACCAAAUCCAAGUGUGUGUACAAAUUCCAGUAACUCUUGUAUAAAAACGCUAAAAUAUUAAAA